AACUUCAGUCGUUAAAUGAAUUAUGAAGUUGUUUGUUUUCAUUGUAAUCGCUUUGACCGCUUGUGCUUCAAGCACAUCGAUAAAUGAUCCAGAAUCGGUAGCACCAACCUUUGAUGCCACUCGCGAUGUAAUUCUGAUGUUGUUCACAAGAUCAAACCCAGAAGUUCCAGUCAUUUUACGAUUGAAUGAUUUGGCGUCGAUUCAAAAUAGUCCCUACGAUUCAUCGAAGCCAACGAGAGUUUUAACUCACGGAUUUACUGGCGACAGUGACGUCGUGUUCUUGGCUUUGGGAAGACAAGUAUUUCUAGAAAAUCACGACUUUAAUAUAAUUGUUGUUGAUUGGAGUGCUGGAGCUCAAACCAUCAAUUAUGCUGCUGCUGUUGCUCGUGUUCGACCUGUUGGUGCUUUUGUAGCAUCUUUCUUAGAUUUCCUUCACAUAAAUAAUCUUAUUAACUUCAAUAAUGUUUACGCUAUCGGCAAUAGUUUGGGUGCUCAUGUUGUGGGGCAUAUCGGGAAGAGUGUAACUCGUGGACGCCUUAACACGAUCAUUGGACUCGACCCAGCUGGUCCGCUCUUCAGUAUUGACAGACCUGAUCAACGAUUAGACGCUGGUGAUGCAACUUACGUUGAAGCAAUUCACACGAAUGGACCGACACGCACAGUUCUUGGUCUUGGCAUUGGUCUUCCUGUCGCUCAUGCUGACUUCUUCCCUAACGGUGGACUCACUCAACCUGGCUGUUUUCUCAAUCAAUGUCAUCACGAUCGUGCCGUUUAUUUUUACUUGGAAGGAAUAUCAAGAAAUGGAUUCUUUGGUCAACGAUGCAACAAUGUUGACGAUGCUAUAAAUGAAGCUUGUUCGGGACAACCUGGAGCAUGGAUCAGCAGUGAACCAUCAAAUGGUCAACAAUCACUUCGUGGAAUUUUCCAUCUCACAACAAACAGUGCAUCGCCUUUUGCACAAGGUCCAAUACGGCCUUAAGUAAUUUUCUUUGUUUUAUUUAUGUGAAUUAUUUUGAAAAGAACAACAAUCAGUAAACAUUUAAAUUCAUUGCUAAUUAAUUCGUAGAACCGCUCAAUUUUACUCAUCAAACCAUAGAAUUGACGUCAACAGUUAUUCAACAACAUAAAAGCUCGUAAAAAGUACAUUGACUCAAAUUGUGCUGCUUAUUCCAAUGAACAACAACUUACAGUCUUAGUUUCACUCAGAUGACUUUAUGAAUGCGAUAAAAGAAUUCAAAACAAUUUUUUAUGUUUCUUUCUUCUUACCUUUACACUCGAACUCAUUCAACCAACUUUAUUUUGUUUUCUUCGGUUUAUUUCACUCUUCUAGGCUUUUCUCUUGUACUCUCCUUCCUUAUCGUACGUGACAAUCAUUUAAAAUUCAUUUAAAACGACGCAUAUAUGGAACAAUACCGAUCUUGGUUUGUCUACUGUUUCUGAUACAAAGAGAAGAUUCUUCGAAGC